AUGUUAGGUACAGACGUUUACAGAUUUUGUUUCAUGUUUGCAACGGUAUUUGUAUGCACAUUGCUCCUAACAGCCACAGCACAGUCCGCCGAUGAUAACCUGUCUUCAGCACUCCAGACAGGUGAUGGCGAAAUGAUGGAGGUGGGAGGAAGAGGGGGACUGCGUGACGCCGCAUAUGCGUACCGGCAAUUAGCACUUAUUCAAGAUGAAGAAGAUACCUUACUGCGCAUGAUGGAUAAUCUAAAAACCAGAAUGGAACACGUCAAGGUCCGGAAGAGGGGUCACAUCCAAUGUCUCGUGAAUCUAGUGGCUUGUUACGGGAGAAGGAAAUGA